AUGUCCCGCCGCAAGAUCUCGUCGGAGUCCUUCAGCUCGCUGGGCUCGGACUGCCCGGAGACGAGCCCCGAGGAGGAGGGCGAAUGUCCCCUGUCCCGCCUCUGCUGGAACGGCAGCCGCAGCCCCCCCGGCCCCGCCGACACCCCCUUUUCCGCCGCCGCCGCCGCCGCCGCCGCGGCCACCGCCGGGGCGCGCCGCGCUCCGCGCCGCCGGCGGGUCAACCUGGACUCACUGGGCGAGAGCAUCCGCCGCCUGACGGCCCCCGCGCCUCAGACUAUUCGGCAAACUCUUCAAAAGACACUGCAGUAUUUUGAGCAUCAAGUUAUUGGUUACAGGGAUGCAGAGAAGAAUUUUCACAAUAUAUCAAAUAGAUGCUCCUAUACAGACUGCUCUGGCAAUGAAGAAACUGAGGAUGUCUCAGGAAUUCUCCAGUGUACGGCUAAUAUACUUGGUCUGAAAUUUGAGGAAAUGCAAGAAAAGUUUGGGGAGGAAUUCUUCAAUAUCUGCUUUGAUGAGAAUGAAAGAGUUCUUCGAGCUGUAGGUGGGACCCUUCAAGACUUCUUCAAUGGCUUUGAUGCUUUGCUGGAGCAUAUUAGAACUUCAUUUGGAAGACAGGCCACCCUGGAAUCCCCUUCUUUCCUAUGCAAAGAACUGCCUGAAGGCAAUCUCAUGCUUCAUUACUUUCACCCACAUCAGAUUGUGGGAUUUGCAAUGACAGGAAUGAUAAAAGCAGCAGCAAAGAAGAUUUACCACUUGGAAGUGGAAGUAGAACAGGUCACAAAUGAUAAGUUGUGUUCAGAGGGGACAAACCCAGGUAACUGCAGUUGUCUGACUUUCCUUAUCAAAGAACAUGAAAAUGCAAAUAUCACAAAAGCACUUCCACCAGGAACUUCCCAGUCCCCCUUAGACCUGAGGAUUAGCAUCAGCACCUUCUGCAGAGCUUUCCCCUUUCACCUGAUGUUUGAUCCAAACAUGCUGGUUCUCCAGCUUGGAGAAGGUCUUAGGAAGCAGCUCAGAUGUGACACUCAUAAAACCCUGAAAUUUCAAGACUGCUUCGACAUAGUUUCUCCUAAAAUCAGUGCCACAUUUGAACGAGUUCUCCUGAGAUUAUCUACUCCCUUUGUCAUUCGGACCAAACGUGAGGAUUCUGACUCUGAAAAUAAAGAUAAGGUGAUGGAAAUUAAAGGACAAAUGAUUCAUGUGCCAGAAUCGAAUUCAAUUUUGUUUCUUGGUUCCCCAUGUGUGGAUAAGCUGGAUGAACUGAUGGGCCGCGGCCUCCAUCUUUCAGACAUACCUAUCCAUGAUGCUACUCGUGAUGUCAUAUUGGUUGGGGAACAAGCAAAGGCACAGGAUGGCUUGAAAAAACGAAUGGAUAAGCUGAAGGCAACACUAGAAUGUACACACCAAGCCCUGGAAGAGGAGAAAAAGAAGACAGUAGAUCUCCUUAUUUCUAUUUUCCCAGAAGAAGUGGCUCAGCAAUUGUGGCAGGGGCAGCAGGUUCAGGCCAGGAAGUUUGAUGAUGUCACCAUGCUCUUCUCAGACAUUGUUGGCUUCACUGCCAUCUGUGCGCAGUGCACCCCCAUGCAGGUCAUCAGCAUGCUGAAUGAGCUCUACACGCGGUUUGACCAUCAGUGCGGAUUCCUGGACAUCUACAAGGUGGAAACAAUAGGCGAUGCAUACUGUGUUGCAGCAGGGCUCCAUAAGAAAAGCCUUAGUCAUGCUAAAGCCAUUGCCCUGAUGGCAUUGAAGAUGAUGGAGCUUUCAGAAGAGGUUCUCACUCCAGAUGGAAGCCCUAUUAAGAUGAGGAUAGGCAUUCACUCAGGUUCAGUGCUGGCUGGCGUCGUUGGUGUAAGAAUGCCACGCUAUUGUCUAUUUGGGAACAAUGUCACCCUUGCAAGCAAGUUCGAGUCAGGAAGUCACCCACGCCGCAUCAAUGUCAGUCCCACCACAUACCAGCUUUUGAAGAAGGAAGAAAAUUUUAUUUUUAUCCCUCGUUCCCGUGAAGAGCUUCCAGAAAACUUUCCAAAGGAAAUUCCUGGGAUCUGUUACUUCCUUGAGGUCAGAAGUGGUCAGAAGCCACCAAAACCCUCCAUCACAUCUGCCAGAGUGAGAAAGGUUUCUUACAACAUUGGCACCAUGUUCCUCCGGGAGACUAGCCUAUGAGGCCUGCUGCAGAUCAAAGACUCGUCAAAAAAGCACAAGCCCAGAACUGGGUCAUGACAGGGGAGUUGGAAGUUCUUUGUAUGUCUCUGCUUUGUUCUGAACAGGCGGUAAAAGCUCCAUGAAAUGUCAGGCAAUAAUCGUUUUAAAAGGUGGGUGACUGCUGUCAGUAAGCAAAGUGGAGAUAGGAAAAAAAAUAUUAAGCAAUUUAUUUCCACUUCCAGAGGAAUUUCUUUCACAAACUUCAGUCUGGCCCCUCUAUGGCAAACAAAACGAAACAACACCCCAACUCUCAAAUUAGAGGUUGGUUUUGUUUUAUGCAGAAAGAAUGGUGGUUCUCUGUAGAUUUGCACCAGCUAAGCAGAAUUGAGAGUCAGUUCUGAUUAUGCAUUCCUACAUUUAAUGUGUUCUUCAGUAAGGUAAUGAUGUUUUUUAACUUUAUGAACAAGCAUUUCAUACAUGUACUGUAGAGCUGUUGUAACCUUCCUGGCAGGAGGAAUUAUAAUUUAAUACAAAUAUUGUAGGAAUUUUACCUAUUUUUAUACAUAUUUCACUUUCUGGAUAAUUGCAUUCCACAUACUGUAAGCUGAGUGAGCUUAGAUAGCUUUUCAGAAGAAGUUGCUGUAUAUUUCAUACAUUUUACCUAUCAAAUGUAUUAUUAUAAAAGUAGGAAGAAGGCAUUUCUUGACUUUUUUUGGCAACAAAAAUACCAAUAUUUUACAGGAAAAAGACCCCACUUUGGUAAAUCUCUUUACCUGAUGUUUAUGCUAAAGCUUUAGAUGAGCAUUGUCUUCUUAUAUAAAAUAAUGUUCAGUAUUUGUCAUACAGUGCUGUAUGUCUAGUCUUUCCAGAACAAUGCAAACAAAGUGCAGAAGAUCAAUGUGUGGACAAACAGAAAAGUUCUCUUCAGUGGGGCUUGUUUGCCCUCUAAAUUAUCAGUCAAACUGAAUUUUGGUAGAAGCCCUGAACUUUUUUUAAAAAUUUGGUCUUGUGAAAACUUAUUCUGAGGAAUUCCAGCAGACACUGGAAGCUCUCUGGGUACUAGUUUUCCACAUUUUUUAUUUGGACUUGUGCUUCUAGUCCAGGUUGAUUAUUUCAAAUCCAAUCUGUUAAUAAUGAUUGCUCAUAUGGAAAUUUUCUGUGUUGCUGGAUUGGCUUGAAGGUCUCCUGCUUUAUCUAAUGAAGAUCAAAAAAACACCAAAAAGAGGAAGGCAGUACUUUCCCUGGUUAAUGCAAAUGGCAGUUCAAGAUUUAGAUUAGUCGAGGUCAAUUGAAAAAAAAAAAA